ACUUUAUAGUGUUCUUCGAUAAUGAAUUGAUUGUUAUAUCAAAUUUUGAGAAUUUCAUUUUCCGAAACAACAAUAGUUCGGGAAUUUAGAACAAAAUUAUAACAUUGUUUUUAUUUAUUAGUUCAUAGAUUUUGAGUUAAAAUUUUCGUUCAACCAACUUGAUCGAUCAAUGGAUGGACCCACUAGCUCAUCAAAUGAUAUCAUCAUAAUCAACAUUGUUUUUCUCUCUUCUGGAUAUUUAUUGUGAUAAAUUUUACAAAUUAUGAAUGAAUGAAAUGACUUUAAAGUCAACUGUGUCAUCAUCAUCAUAACCUAAGUGAUUUUGAUUCAAUCAAUUAUUCGUACUUGAAAAGAAAAUUUUUGAAAAAAAAUUGUUGCGAUUAUUUCAUUAUAUUAAAUGUCUACUAUGAGCAAUGUGAACACACCAUCAACAUUUCCAUCAUCAGCAUCAAUGACAAUGACAAAUAAAAAUGAAAUUGAUUAUCAAACAAACAUGAACGGAAUAAAUACGGCUAGCAACAAUAAUAAUGGCUAUGAAUCAUCGUCAUCUAAUAAUAAUACAAAAAAUGACACAAAUAUUGAUUUUGCAAAUAAUAAUUCAGCUACAACUGCUGGUGGUGAUUCUGCUAAUGCUUUAACAUCAGCUACAACUACUACUGCAACGACAUCCAAUAAUAAUCCAACAUCAUCAAGUGGUUCAAACAACAAUGAUAAUUCAUCCAACAACAACAACAAUAAUAACCAACAAGAUGAUGUAUGUAGAGAUUAUCUACGUAAUGUUUGCCGUCGUGGUAAAUCAUGCCGUUAUAAACAUCCAGAUAUUAAUGAUAGCGAAAUGAUGAAAAAUAAAGAUCCAUACGUAUUCUGUCAUGAUUUUCAGAAUCGUGAAUGUCGUAGAGAUAAUUGUCGAUUUUUACAUUGUACUAAACAAGAAGAAGAAAUAUAUCGUAAUACCGGAAAAUUACCACCACAUAUACAGGCUCAAUAUCCACCAGAUGAACGUAAUAUUGCUCCAGUUUGCAAAGAUUUUCUUAACAAUACAUGUCGUCGUGGUCCACGAUGUAAAUAUCGUCAUCCAUUACCGAUGAAUGAUUCUUUUCAUCAAUAUGGUCAUCAUCAUCAUCAACAACAACCACUUCAUCAUUCAUCAUCACCAUCAAAUCCUGUGGCACGUAUUGGAAAUCAAUUCAAUGGCCGUGGCGGUGGUGGUAAUUAUCCUAAUUCACAUAUGGCCGAUUAUCCAACACAUUAUAGUCGAGCUGGAUCCAAUAGUGGUACAAUGAUGCCUUCAAAUUAUGGAUCAUAUGAUGCUUAUGCCGAUACAACGCCUCAAAAUAAACGUAAACGUUAUGAUCCUCAAUCAUCGAUGUAUCAUCAUGAAAAUAAUGGUCCAUAUUCGGGAGCUUAUCAGGAGCCACCACCCCCUCCACCACCACCACCAUCUGGAAAUGUUCGCAAUACUUAUGGAGGUGGUAAUUCAAUGCAUGACACACCUUAUGGUGCUAGUGGUGGUGCAGGUGGUUAUCCAAACUCACAGCCACCACGUUCACAACAACCACCAACGAUCGAUUCAUCAAGAUCAUAUCUGGAGGAAGAAAAUGCGGCAUUACGACGACGUAUUGAUGAUCUAAAGAAACAGGUGCAAGAUUUAUUGUCCACCAAUGAAUAUUUGAUGGAACAAAUGAAUCAGAUACGUGCAUCUGGACAGGCGGCCGUAGCAGCAGCAUGUGGUGCACCACAUGGAUCAACAUCAGUCGCAUCAUUACAACCACAACCAACGCCUGGUUCAGUACAGUCGACCGCACCGAUUGGUAUGUCUGCACCGAUAACCUUACAAGCACCGGCACAAGCAGCCGUUGCAAUUGGUCCAUUACCACCAGUUUCAAUUGUAUCAUCGAUAGCAUCGAUUUCAUUGCCAACCGUAUCGGCACCUGUAACAUUGGUACCGAAUAGUUCGGCAGCCGCCUAUACACCAUCGAUGGCAACAAUGCAUUCUUCAAAUCCGUGGCCUUUAGGUGUCGAUCAAUUACUGAAGAAUGAUCUUUAACAAAACAAUUUCUGUAUGGCUUUAUCCAACUAUAUCACGCCAUUUCCAUCAAUUCAUUAUUAACACCAUUGCAUAACCGAUAUAUUGCAAAUCAUCAUCAUCAUCAUUUAUUAUUAUUAUUGAAAUAUAUUAAUCACUCAAAAUUCAUCCAUUAUCAACCAAAAAAAAAAAAAAAGAAAAGAAAACGAAACAAACAUUCAAAAAAAUCAUUCAACCAUCCAUCAUAUAUAUUCAUUAAUUCAUUUAAGAAAAUAAAAACAAAACAAGUACCAAGAAAUAUACUAUAUUAUCUGACAUAUUAUGAUGAUAAUCCAUAGCGAUAUUCAUAAUUUAUAAUUCAUAUCAUCAAUUGUUGCUUAUUAUUAUUUUUUGAAUUAUUUAGUAAAAGUCUACUAUUACUCUUUCAAGGCAAAUACCCACAUGCACACAUACCAUAAUUAAUUCAUUCUAAUCAAUUGAUUGUUUUUCCCAUACAUACACACAAACACACAGUGAACAGUCAGAAAAGCAUAAGAGAAUAUGGAAAAACCCCCUAAAACACACACACAGAUAACCUUGUUUGUUUGAUUACUUAACUAUUCACAUAGGGUUUUAUUUUUUUUUUUUU